GCUGCCGCCAUGAAGAUCCAGGCUCUCACCACCCUCCUCUUUCUCCUGAUCGCUGCAAAUGAAGCCAAAACUAUGGAGAAAUGUGAACUGGCCAAGACUCUGAAAAGCCACGGCAUGGACGGGUUCCACGGCUACAAACUGGGGGACUGGGUCUGCAUGGCGUAUCACGAGAGCAGAUACAAUACCAAUGCCGUGGGGCCCCCAAAUACGGACGGCAGCCGAGACUACGGGAUCUUCCAGAUCAACGGCAAAUACUGGUGCGCCGAUGGGACGUAUCCGUCGAAAAAUGUGUGCAACAAGUCCUGCAGCAGCUUCACAAAUGAUGACAUCACAGAUGACAUUGAGUGCUGUAAGAGAAUUGUCCAAGACCCCCAAAAGAUGGAUGCCUGGACAGCAUGGGUGAAACACUGCAAAGGAAAAGACAUCUCUGAAUGGACUCGGGGUUGCCAACUGUGAUUUCCAGAACAGCCUAAGCCCCGGCGAUACUCUUCACGCUUUGCUACUGGAAGGAGACCUCACCGCUCUCAGGGUUCAUCCACUUCUUGCUGGACAAGCGUUU